UUAACUAUUCAUUAAAGUCUACAGACAUAUUGAAUAGAGCCAAUCUCUUAUAUCGAGCAAGUUUCCUCGAUCAAAAGAACGCAGAAAGUCCACCUCUAUGAAAAAUCAUUCAGCAUUGCACGAAGGGGGAGCUCUAGGUCAAGAGAGUCUUCCCCGCUAUUUUGCCAAGUCAGGACCAGUGGAUGCUGAUCCCCGGAAGACAAAGAAAGAUGGAGGCGGAAAACGAAACUGGGGCCGCUCUGGCGAUGAAGUGCACGACUAUGGCUACAAGUUUACAAACACACGACGUCACUCAAACAGUAGCGCCCAGGGAAUUGCGGACUUCAAGACAAAGUUUGAAGCCGUUGAACCAGAGCCAGUCUUUGAAGAGACCGUGCAUGGGCCCGAUGCCUUUCCCGCGGAUGACGACAUGGUAAGGAAAGUUGAUAGCAUCAACAGUGAUACCACUGAAGGUAGUGAAGUCCCUUCGAACAAGCCAUAGCUAUAUCAGGCGAGGUAGCCAGGGAUCAAAAUGAGGAUUCUUCAAGAGUGAUCCUGCACAGACACGGUAAACCAGCAAGAGCUUUGUAUCACAAAGGUGACGAUCUUCUGUUUAUCAAAGACCCCUGCUAGGAAAUAUGAUGAGAUAGUUUGACUGCGUGUGCAAUUCAGGUGCCUUGCUCUAAUUCAAGAAAUCAUUAAAUGUGGAUAAGAAGACGCC